GCCCGCAUGUACAACAUGAUGGAGACGGAGCUGAAGCCGCCGGGCCCGCAGCAAACUUCGGGGGGCGGCGGCGGCGGCGGCGGCGGCAACUCCACGGCGGCGGCGGCGGCGGGCGGCAACCAGAAGAACAGCCCGGACCGCGUCAAGCGGCCCAUGAACGCCUUCAUGGUGUGGUCCCGCGGGCAGCGGCGCAAGAUGGCCCAGGAGAACCCCAAGAUGCACAACUCGGAGAUCAGCAAGCGCCUGGGCGCCGAGUGGAAACUUUUGUCGGAGACGGAGAAGCGGCCGUUCAUCGACGAGGCCAAGCGGCUGCGAGCGCUGCACAUGAAGGAGCACCCGGAUUAUAAAUACCGGCCGCGGCGGAAAACCAAGACGCUCAUGAAGAAGGAUAAGUACACGCUGCCCGGCGGGCUGCUGGCCCCGGGCGGCAACAGCAUGGCGAGCGGGGUCGGGGUGGGCGCCGGCCUGGGCGCGGGCGUGAACCAGCGCAUGGACAGCUACGCGCACAUGAACGGCUGGAGCAACGGCAGCUACAGCAUGAUGCAGGACCAGCUGGGCUACCCGCAGCACCCCGGCCUCAACGCGCACGGCGCGGCGCAGAUGCAGCCCAUGCACCGCUACGACGUGAGCGCCCUGCAGUACAACUCCAUGACCAGCUCGCAGACCUACAUGAACGGCUCGCCCACCUACAGCAUGUCCUACUCGCAGCAGGGCACUCCCGGCAUGGCGCUGGGCUCCAUGGGCUCGGUGGUCAAGUCCGAGGCCAGUUCCAGCCCCCCCGUGGUUACCUCUUCCUCCCACUCCAGGGCGCCCUGCCAGGCCGGGGACCUCCGGGACAUGAUCAGCAUGUACCUCCCCGGCGCCGAGGUGCCGGAGCCCGCCGCCCCCAGCAGACUUCACAUGUCCCAGCACUACCAGAGCGGCCCGGUGCCCGGCACGGCCAUCAACGGCACACUGCCCCUCUCGCACAUGUGA